GGAACAGUGAUUAAACUCACCUCCCAUGCAUCGCUAUUGUAUUUACCGCACCUUAUGAUUCACGAGGAGUGGUGGUAAACAAUGGGAGAAAAGGGGUAGGACUAGACCUUUGGUGGAGCUAAAAAUGAGUCCUGCGUUCGUUGGAGACUGUGUGAUCGGUUCCGAGUCAAUAGAGCGAGACCAUGGGAUCGUUUUGGGAGAGGCCAUUUGCAUAUGAAAAUCCACCUUUUCUAAAGCACCCAUGAGAUAACAAAACGUUUUAUUGUGUUGGACUGCGAGGAGUAGGUGUUCGCCCAUCUGUAUAUACAGCAAGCAAUGGAGAGAGAGAGAAAUAGCUUAAGCAUGUUGUCAUCGUGCAUGUUAUCAUAAUCUGGGCGUGCAAAUUGAUUAUGAAAUAAAUUAACAGGUUCUUUUGAUUCUUUCUGUGUGGACUGUGUACAUAUGUUGCGCCGUCUUCCAUGCGUAUAUGGAACUCUUACCCAUUGUUGUUUUGGCAAGCACCUGUGUACUGGUCUUCUUUGCCAAUCUGAACCAGUACAUGUUAUUGCCGUAAGCGAAAGUUGGAGGGGGAAAACCUCAUGACAGGACUCAAAGGACUGUGUUUUGUGGCACGACUUUCCUUUUAAGGACAUUCUCUCUGGAACGAUGAGAGGGCGGAUAUUAAGUAUGGAUCGUCGGAGAACCUUCGGGAUAGUAACGUAUGCCUUCUUCGCUGCUACGUGGCGCCAUGUUCAAGCCGUUUGUAAUCCACCCCAAUCCGUUUCUGGUACCCAUCACAACGGAACUCAAGCGGAGUACAAUCCAGGCGAUGUUCUUAUUUUUACCUGUGACACCGGAUACGAAGCAAACUACGACCCACCUACUAUUACCUGCAUCGACAACGGGAAUGACAUACUUUGGAAUCCACCCAGUGUUUCGUGUGAACUAGACGUGAUAUCCCUCGUUAUCGCCAUCGUCGUCGCAUUGGUUGGAAUAAUCUUCUUCGUCCUAGCCAUCAUUUGGUUGAGGAAAAGAAGGGCGGAGAGGGACUCGAGGCGUAUCCGCAAGAAGAGGGCCAGCUCCAACAAAUACGCUAACUAUGAACCCCGAGGUUCGACCAGGGAUGGUAAUGUCAAUCACGGCAUGACUGAGAUCGAGAUGGAUAGCAUGGGUAUACCGAUGAGGGCCAACGGGAGCAUGGUGUCGAGGAAUGGAACCAACGGGCACGGUCCGAAUGGUCUUCUUUGGAGUCCGCCAUCAGCUCGAGGACAAGUCACCAAGGAUGAAGAAUUCGCCGUUCUGCAGCGAAGCCGCAAGUCAUCGGCCACCUCACGGUCAAGCCGGACCGACAACAUGCCCACCAAAACACCCAGCGGCGUUCAUCUCAACCCAAACAUCGGUGACGUCGAAUUUGGCGCGCAGAAUGCGAGCACCUACAACUUCAAGGAUAUUGGAUCGGCAAUGAACGCCAUGGCGCCACCGACGCUGAUUGCAAACUCCAUGGAGAUGUCGCUCCCAAUGCCCGACUCGAUCUCCCCGAGAACAACAGAUGAGAAUGAAGAUAAGGAAGACGACUUCAACGGCCUCUACGCGGCUGUCGACAAGUCGAAGAAGACGAAUGAUAACAACUCAAGCGGCAGCGUGAAGGUCGAGGCGAUGAUCGAAGAAGACGGGUACUCGGCGGUUGGUUCGUCCGGUAAUUUCAGCGCUCAUGAAGAGGCAAUUUCGGAUGAUCCGUACUCGGAGGUCAAGAGGAAUGAUUUAGACGAAGAGGACGACUAUGCCGUUGUAAAACGCGUCGAGGAAACGCCAGAAGAUGUUCCCGAGGCCAAUGAUUUUGGUGGCCUGUACGCAAAGGUUCAGAAGUAAACAAACAUGGAUUUCAAACGACUGCUGAGACGUUUCACAAAAAUGACGAUAAAACUAACUGACGGGAGACGCAGAAAACAGUGUUAUAUUCGGGUUAUUGCUCUUCUUUUUUGUAAAUCAUUUUAUUGUGAGCAUUUAUUCCCCAACAUAUGUCACUUUACAUUAUAUCCGGAUAUUUGCAGAAAAAAAGGAUAUGACUGUUGAAACAGAAACUAUGAAACAGUUCCAGCGUGGAUUAUUAAAUAAAGACUAUGCAUUUGGUGAAUUAAAUUUUCUGUACAUGGUUAUGUCAAAGAACAUUUUAUAUAUUUCUAAAGCAUUUCUAUAAUAAAGCAAGUAUUGUUUAUGCAUUGAAUAUGUUUAUACUAUAGUAUAUGAUAUGGUGAUCCGAAUAAUGAUGUAUUUUGUACAUGUCUGUGUGUCGUUGCCGAUUAUGUUCUGUGACGUUUAUGAAGGAGAAAUUUCGUGAUUUUGCGUAAUUAUGAUUAAUGUAUUAGUUUGUUUUCUUUAUAUCUUUCAGCUGAAAUAUUCAAAUCAAGUAGCCAUCAAUUUUAGUCAUACAUAUGUGCAUGCAUCCUCUUUAUUGAAAUAUAAUUUUUUUUUAAAUAAAAGAUGAUGAUUAUGAUGAUGUUGAUAACAGUGAUACGUUGAUGAUAAAGAAUAUCAAAACCAUUCUCUAUUACAUGUAUUUAAAAUAAAGGCUUUAGAAUAUGCUACACAAUAGAUAAAUGAAGUACACUAAAAAGUAACAAAAAAUAUAUAUGCAGUAUUUGUGAUGAUUACCCGAAUUUUCCCGUUUAUGCCUUUCGUUAAGAGGUAAAAAUGGUGAAUGUAGAUACAUGUGCUUAAUUCUGUAAUGUACAUAAUUGCAAUUAGAAAUGAUAGCUAUCAAACCCUUUCAGAGACAUUUUUUAAUGAUCAAAGAUCUAUGAUUUUUUUAUCUUAAAUGGAGGUGAAGCGGGUUAAUUAUAUUCCCAUUGGUUUCGGGAGAUUAUAUUGGUAUUUUUUUUUCAUCUUGCUGGCAGGAUUUGGUUUUUCUUGGGGGGGGGGGUGGAGGUACGACAAGUAUAAGUCCAUGAACGUUCUUUAUCAGAAUAUUUUGUUCAAAGUAUCGACCAAGCAAAAUCCAUCCAUCCAAACAACAAGUCGGUCUGAAUCAAUGCCGGAGGAAGAAAAAACAUCACUCUCGGAAUUCUUUUUAGCCAGCAUAUAUAAGUUCCAGACUUCCAGCCAACUGUUGAUUAAGAAGUACCCGAUUUCAUUGGGCAUCAAAUUUUGUUUUAAUCAACAGUUCACAUGUGCAUAUUUAAACCAACUAUUAGCUGCUAAAACAGUUUCAGACAGUGUGGCUGUUGAAUGCAAAUUUGAUUUGAUAUUCAUUAAAAGAUUUGUGCCCAUCUUUCAAAGUUUUUUUUUUAUUAAUAUCGAGUAGGAAAAACCAGUGACAAAAUCACCUACAAUUCGGAUGUCAUGCGGGAUGUCAUGUCAAAUCAUGUUAGCUAAAUAUGACAAACAUUGAAAAUUUGUCAUUGUGGUCCGUCAGCGUGAUCCGCUUGCUUGGGUAUAUAUGCAUAUACCUUUACAACAAAUUCUGGCUUUGUUGGCUUGCCAUAACAAGGCUGAUCCAAAAGUGCAGGUCCAGAUAUGCAUGAGAGGGAUAUUUGCAAAUCUGCCGUCCUUAGUAUUAUCCUAAGCCGCUCUGCUGCAUAGUAAUCAAACGAUUGCCCAUUAUCUUACAAAGCAGACUAAUGUUUAGCCUUAUUGUCAUGGCCUGCUAAAAUAUGAAAAUCCAAAGUUAUAGUCCUACUAUACUGUCAUUGUCAGGUACAUCAAUUUUGACCUUGGGAGUGUUUCAUGAAAAGGUUAGUGAUUUUUAUCGAUAGAUGUUAUCAGCUAUUGUAAGUCCUCGCAUUUGAUUCUUCCUCUUUGUCUUCUUUUUGCUUGCAAUCAGCCAGAAAUGACUAUUUUAAAAAUUGGACUAUGGACAAAGCAGUCUUCUUACAAUUCAUGAAAAGCUCCAAUGAUUAAGCUAUUUGUUUACGGAUACACAAUGUAAAUCCCAGACUUUUAAAUGUCUUCCAUUUAGAUGAAAGACUUUGUUUAUUUCUGUAUGGCUUAUGCAUGUGGCAGCCAAUACAGACUUUUGUGGGUAUAGGCCUAUUGUAUAAUUAUACAUACCAUGUGUGUAGUAUAUAACACAGAGUUACUGAUGUUAAUAGAGCUCUGUGAUAUUUCAAAGUUUCGUAUUUAUUCACCUCUCAAUCUUAGCUUCUCGUUUCCACUCUUCAACAUAAUAUAGAAAUGUUACAAGGUGCUAUCGUUGCAGACAUCAUUUGUAAUUUAAAAGAAAGAUGGGACCAACUUCGGUACACUGAGGUACUCCUGUAUCACUGAAUUUUGAUUCUGAUAGCUUAUCAUUAUGCCCUUAAAGGUGUUGACGACAAUAUGAGAAGUGAAUUACCAUUGAAAUUACACAAGUUCGAUCAUAUGAUUCGAUCGAUGAAAUUCCAUCAUUGAGGUGAUAAAACCUUUUGAAAGCAUCGUCGGUAUACGCCUUCAAUUGUUUAUUGUUUUAGGUUCAUCACCAUUACUAAAUAAUUCAUGCAAAAGCCCUCUUUGAUAGUUAUUUAGCUGUCUGUUUGAUUUCCAAAUUGAUUUGAAGUAUAUUAGGAGCAUGUCUGUCCAAAACAAAUUCCCACGGCAUAUGCAAUGUUUCCGCAAUCUUCGCAAGAUAUUAAGUUAGUGUGAUUGGUCCUAAAGCAUUGAUUGAUUCCCAUGAUUGCCUUGUCUUUGGUCGCCGAGAAGGGCCAACGUUGUCCACCAUGCAGUAUCAAUUGAUGACAAUGUUACCAUAAUUGUUUUUGUACCACGGAGACUAAUACAUUACCAAAGGUAAAAAAAGUAAUAUUUUUGCGAAUGACCAUUAUUCUAAUUUUUGUUUAAAUUGUCAUAUUCGCAGUUUUAAAAGGAUAAUGGUCAUUACACGAUAGAUGCCUUCUAAUAGACUAAUUUUCUUAACUUUUCGUGGUAUAUAUAUAUAUAUAUACCUUUUAUAGUUUAAUGAUGGCUAUUUGAUUUUAUCAGAAAUGGUCAUUUAUUUCAUUAGCAAUAAUCGUGGUCUGGAGUUGUUAAGAGUUAAGGUUUACAUAAAGAUGUCUCCGUUUUAUUUGGCGCAUAAUGACAAGGCUCGUAAUCAGAAUAUUGCAUUAUGGUUAGGGAACCAUAACCAUUAUGACUGUUGUUGAUGCUUUUCAGAAUUUCUGUGGCACAUUGCCUUUGAAAGUAUAUGACUGGAAGGCUCCACUGGCAUUCCUUCACGCAUGUACAAUGUACAAGACAAUGAAAAUUUAGUCUCGGUCAAAUUAAAUUUCUGUUAAGUACUGAUUAAUAUCAUUGAUGCUAUUGAAAAUAUUAAAGUUUAUCGUUUUAUCAAACAAUGAUAUUUUAUACUCUUACGAAAUUCCAGAGCUUAUGUGUUAUCAUGGGGACGUUUACGUGAAUUCUAUUUAGAGUGCUGCCUGAUUGGUAUAUAUAUUUGAAUAAAAUCGCUUUUUAUAAUAAAUUCA